AUGCCCAGGAAAAUUUUAAUGAACCUACUGUCAUGGGAUAAACAAGUCAUGGAGACAGAAACAAUAGACAUUCUAGUAGCAAAUGUUGAUGACAACAUAUAUGAUAUAGAAUGGAUAAAGGAUACUGGUAGUAGAAAGAUUAUUCUCAACUUUAAACUAUAA